GUUCGGCACAUCAGUGUAGUGUGAUGUGCGUCUGGCACGCGCUUGUCAGUAAUAAGGGUACACUCGCCCUUCCCGCUCGCCCGGGUUACGGUUCAUCCCGAAAAAAUGGACAGUGUGCUGUGAACUAAAUAUACUGGACUAGGUAGUAAACAGAAGGAAUUAGUCGACGUAACACACGAAAGUCUGUGUAACUGCACAUUCAGAGUACAAGACUGGCAGAUGACACAGCCGGGUGCCUGGCUUGAAGCUCUGGAGAUUCCCCCGCGGCCGCUGGCUUCACGGACGCUGAGCGCCGACUGACAUGGCUGUGGGAAAAGAAUCCAUGCUGGCGGGCUCAUCUCGCCAGGCGCAAAAGAUUUUCGACAUCACACAAGAAAACAAUACAUUUUAAACGAAAUGACUGUCUUCAACAAUACCUAGUCAGCACCAAGGAUACUGGAGAAUAAGCGAAUUUCAACAUAUUAUGCUUCACUUUCCUCAAAGUGCGUCGUCGAAGAGGUCAUAACGGGCAGUAAUUUCUGAGAUAAUUUAAUUCCCAAAGGAAGAAUGUUAUGACAUAGGAUUAGCACUUCGUGAGAGCAAAGUUAGCAGUCAAAACAAUUAAGGCAUAACCCGCCCUCCUCCCAAAAAAGGGAAUCAGGGUUUUCAUUAGACUGACUAUGCUGACGUGGUUGGAGGGGAACUGCGACUCCCCUCGCGGCCAGGAAUCCAACGCCCACUGCCAACGAACUGCCUCCAUGGUUCCCCCCGCGGUUCUGCACUUGAAUGAGAACCUCCCGCGGCGAGCUAAUCCUGUGCUGUUGGGAGGCCACGCCUUCAAGAGAGUGCAGCGGAGGAGCGAAAGCGAAGGGCAUACAACCGGUGCCGGUCCAGAUGCGGACGAAACCUUCGUUAGGUACACAAAGGCGUAUGGAGUCGCUAGGAAUCCAAACCAAAGCCACCUCAGCCAUUUUCACAUUUACCCAUUUACUCCUGCAGCCAACCAGUGUCAUUGCAACAAUCAAAGCUCUGAUAAGACAGGUCUCUCUAGUCAAACCGAAUUGCUCAAUAACACCAACCCUAUGAUUCUCACUCAUCAAGUACAUAACCAUUACAGCUAUGGAAACUCACCGAUUAUCAAUGAAUGUUCCUUAGAGGGCUUUUACUUUUCCGAUCUCAGUAGCGCUUACGGCAAAUGCCACAUCAUUCCCGGAAAUCCGAAAGGCCAGAUACUCCCUGCUAACUGUGACAGCAAAGUCAAGGGGGAAUGGCAUGAACCUGUCCGUCCAUAUCCAUUAUGGAAACCAUUCCGUCCCAGCAAACACCCAGCCUCACCCAGUCCGAAUAACGAAGAAUCGACUAAAGAUUCACGAAGUAGCAGUCAUGUAAGUCGAAAGAAAGGUUCAUCCGUUUCAAGAGAAGACCAAAAUGUGAUGGACUUGGUGGCAGCCAUGAAAGCCUCCUUUCGACAAGACCGACGGAAAAGUCCUGUGUAUGAUCGCCCCUUAAAGAUUUUGACUGACAAGGAGGUGAAGACUGUUCUUAAGCCUAAUGAUUACGACGAGCUCAUGGGUCUCAUCAAGCUGAACCUUGGCACCUUAACGUCAAAUCUUCACCAGCAUGUAGGCACGGAUACAAUCGAAGGAUUAUGGGAACUAUACAGCCUGUUUGUAGAGCGCAAGACUCAUUUUUUCACGAAGAUACCGUUCUUUAAGCAGUUAUGUUUGAGUGACAAGCCUCGUCUCUUGCGUCUAGCUGUAGCAAUCAGCACCCACAUCUCAGCUGCACAACAUAUAGACGUUAGGACGUACACAUGGCCGCGUAGUGACGCUUCCCAAGCCAACUCCUGCUUACCAAUUCUCUCGGCGUCAACGCUUCGCCAGAUCGUCACACACGAGCAUUUUUUGGCGAUUAUGAAGUUUUACACGAAUUACUGUCACAUCUACGCCGACUCUAACGUAUCAUUGUUGACAGAAGUGCUCUCCUUGUUCUACGACGAGCCAGGAUUGAGUAACGCGAGGUCUGCGUCCACGGCCCGAAGCCAUUACCUUGCUUUGUUGUCACGUUACCUAAUAGCUGUGCAUGGAUGGCAGCAUGGUUCCGAUAUUCUAAAGGUCAUAAUCAGGAGCCAGCGAGAAGCACGGCAACUAACAGAAAUACACCAGUACGUAGAAUUCCGUGCACAGCCGCCACUACAAAGCCUCACUGACGUCAUCAACUCCCUAGCCGAAAACUUCGUUAAAAUGCGCGUAUCCGUCCAAGACACUAUAAGCAAACGCAUCUCCCAGCAGCAACAGGAACAGAAGCCCCUCAGCUGCACUCUUGGCGCCCAAGUUUCCCUGACGCCUUCGGAACGCCAGGGCAACGAAGCAGCCGUCUUCAGCAGCCUCUUAUCAAGACUGGCUACCUGCGACGACCCCGAAGUCCUUGCCGCUGCGAAACACCAUCUCCCGACGAACCUGCUGCUGCGGUUCUUGCAUCUGUUAGAAUAGUGGCCCACGACUGUCUUUUAAAAAGUGCGACAUUGCCGUCCGCCGGAGAAUCCGACUGCACUCCAGACUUUAUUGGAUAAAGUGUACACAGGCGAAUAAGCAACGCCGUUAAAGCCAACGCUAUAGUCCUAAGUUUUAGCAUGAGACAGCGUAAAGCUGCAUUUGUAUCAGUGGAUAAAACAGAUGGAAAACAUGCACACACACGCACACACACACGCACACACACACACACACACACACACACA